AAAAAUAAACUCUUCAAUUUUAGAUGAUCCAAACAAGCUAAGUAGUUUCUAUUGGGCCGGGCCGUCGAUCUCGAAAUUUCCAGACUCUUCUCCGAGCGUCGCUUCUCUUCGUCUCCGAUCUUUACAAAUUCGCCAGUCGUGGUCAGUAGUCAUGUACGCGACUCUAUUACUACCAUUUCUAAGCUCCUUUUAGGACAUUGUUCACAGAUAGCAUUCAUUUGACGCCAGAGUAUGGCUAGACUGGGAGAAGGAGACAAAAGAUGGAUCGUGGAAGAUCGCCCGGACGGUACCAACGUCCAUAACUGGCACUGGGCCGAGACCGACUGUCUCGAAUGGUCUCGCAGCUUCUUUAACAAGCUUUUCAGUAAUCAAACCAUCCUCAACGGAGAGGGUAGUCUCUACAUCCGUAUAAAAAAGCUCGAUAAGCUUGACGGCGAGGCCUACGUCAACGUUCGGAAAGGUAAAAUCAUCCCCGGCUACGAACUAAACCUCGUUCUCUCGUGGGAAGGUGAAGCCAAGGAUUCCGAAGGGAAGUCGUUGGCUAAGACCGAUGGGACAGUCGAAAUCCCUUACAUUUCGGAUGAGAAUGCGGGCGAAGACCCUGAAAUCAGAGUCGCUACUCGUGAAGAUGGGCCGCUCGAGAAGAGAUUGAAGGAUGCUUUUAUUACUACUGGAAAGCCCUUUGUACUGGAGCAAGUAAGAAGCUGGGUAAAUGCAAUGGCCAGCGGUGGGCCCGCUAAGGAUGAGCUCGAGCCAAAAUCUGUUUCUAAGAAGACUGUUGCUCCGAUGGCUGCUGAGAAGGAGAAACCAGCCAUUAAGGAGGUUGUGAAGGAGAAGACGACAAAGAAGAAGGAAGGUUUUAAGACGAUUACAAUGUCUGAGAAGUUCAAUUGCAGGGCAAAGGAUCUGUAUGAGAUAUUGAUGGACGAGAAUAGGUGGAAAGGGUUCACACAGAGCAAUGCCAGAAUCAGUAAGGAGGUCGGGGGAGAGUUUAGCAUAUUUGAUGGCUCAGUGAACGGGAAAAACUUAGAGCUGCAGGAAAGCAAACUAAUUGUACAGAGCUGGCGAUUUGGGAGCUGGCCAGAGGGUAUCCUGUCCACGGUCCGUCUCACUUUUGAUGAGCCUGAACCAGGAGUUACUGUGGUUAAGUUGGUCCAUACUGAUGUACCAGAGGAAGACAGAUAUGGAAAUGAAACUGUGGUGGAAAACACCGAGAGGGGAUGGAGGCAUCUCAUUUUUCAUAAGAUACGAGCUGUAUUUGGUUUUGGAAUUUGAAUCAAGCCCCCCCCCCCCCCCCCCCCCCCUCAUAUGAGUUGAUGUAGAAUUUCACAAAUCUUUGUCUCGACUGUCGAGUGUUAACAACUCGAGUGAGAUUGUCUUGUCGUCAUCUGUUUUUUAAAAAUGAAGGAUAUCGAUUGGCUACAUGGUUACUUUUUAUUUCAAUCCCCGCUUACCUUGCUU